AGGAGCCAAGAGCACCACCACCAGCCUCCACGCCUGCCCCACCACCAGGGAACCAUGCUCCUCGCCACAUUUAAGCUGUGCGCCGGGAGCUCCUACCGACAUGUGCGCAACAUGAAGGGGCUGAGGCACCAGGCUGUGCUGGCCAUCGGCCAGGAGCUGAACCGGAGGGCCCCGGGGGCCCCAACCCCAGCUGCCUGGAUUAACCAGGUUCGGCGUAGCGGCUCUCUGCUUGGUUCUCAGCUGGAAGACACUCUCUACAGCGACCAAGAACUGGCCUAUAUCCAGCAGGGAGAGGAGGCCAUGCAGAGGGCCCUGGGCAUCCUCAGUGACCAGGAGGGCUGGAAGAAGGAGAGCCAGCAGGCGAAUGGGGACGAAGUGUUGAGUAAAGUGAUCCCAGACGUGGGCAAGGUGUUCCGGCUGGAGGUGGUAGUGGACCAGCCCAUGGAGAGGCUUUACGAAGAGCUCGUGGAGCACAUGGAGGCCAUGGGCGAGUGGAACCCGAAUGUCAAGGAGAUCAAGGUCCUGCAGAAGAUUGGAAAAGACACAGUCAUCACUCACGAGUUGGCCGCAGAGGCGGCAGGAAACCUUGUGGGGCCCCGAGACUUCGUGAGUGUGCGCUGUACCAAGCGCCGGGGCUCCGUGUGUGUGCUGGCUGGCAUGGCGACACACUACGGGGAGAUGCCCGAGCAGAAGGGCGUCAUCAGAGCUGAGCAUGGCCCCACCUGCAUGGUGCUCCAUCCCCUGGCUGGAAGCCCCUCAAAGACCAAACUCACCUGGCUGCUCAACAUUGACCUCAAGGGAUGGCUGCCAAAGACUAUCAUCAACCAGGUCCUCUCGCAGACCCAGGUGGAUUUUGCCAACCACCUGCGCAAGCGCCUGGAGUCCCGACCUGCUCUGGAAGCCAGGUGUUGAAGACCAGCCUGCUGCUGCCAACGGCUCCCAGCUGAGCGCGCUUGCAGGCUCACGAGGAGGUCUCUGCUGGAAACCUACAAGUCUUAAAGAUCUUCAUUCAGGGACAGUGGGAUGGGAUGGUGGUGCGUGUCCAGUAUGAUACCAGAACUCAGAUGGGUAACAUUUUAGUACCAAGAAAGUGGGGACAAGGCUCUUUUAACUUCAUUCACUGAUUAGCUGUAAAAUGAAGCAUAGGGCUCCCAAAAUAUUUGUAAAACUUUUUUUUCUGGGUCCUUACUUGUCUACCUAGAAACAUCUUUAAAAUGCUACCAGUUAACAAAUGCAGGGUGCAGAGGGUGCAAAAUACAAGGAUUAGGACCGCAUGCUUGAUGAGCUCAAGAGCUCCAUUCCCUGUGGGCAAUGUGUGCAGACAGAGCAGGUCUUACACAGAGCCUCCUGAAACCCUCUGCUCCUCCACCAAGACGGUAGAGAACUGCACCAAAGAACAAGCAACUCCCACAGCAGAUACCGUCCAGAACUCUAGUUCAAGUUAUCUUAAUGAAAAAAUACAAAACUAAUUAUCAGACUGAUUCCCCUACUUCUUCCAUGAGCCGUAGUCAGAAUAAAGAAUCAUAACCAACACAGAAACUUUAGUCUGUACCUGUUUUAAAAUUCUCUUAAAAUCCAUGCUAGUAAACUGCAACUUCAUACUAAAGGAGUCAUGGAUGAAGACUUUAAUUAGUUAAACUAAGUCCCCUACCUCACUCAAAGCAAAAACUCCAGGGGACUUAGGUCAUUCAAUUAUGUAGGAUCUGUUACCGGAAUCUUUCAUAAAAAAUUAAUUU